UGCUUCAGAUUGCUUCAGCAGGGCCAUGGCUGUGGUGGGGGAGAGGUGGCAGUUAAGAAUUGGAAUGUGUCAAGGAAAUGUAACUGGUUGGAUAUAUCCAUGACUGGAGCCAGGCGGAGGUGAAGAAUCAAGGAGGCCUCAGCAUGAACCAGCGGCAUUGGUGCGGGUUGACGGCCAAGUUGGGCACCUUCCUGGCGGGCAUCUUCACCAUCCUCGUCACGGACAUGUUUCUCAUCUUUGAGAAGAGGCACAUGAAGGGGAGCACCAAUUGCUCCCACAUCCAAGAGGAAAGCCCCACUGUCAACCACUGGAUGAUCUGCCGGAGCUUCAGCUUCUCCAUCUUCCUGGCCAUCAUCACCGUGUUCAUCUGCUGCUUCCUCCUCUACUCGGUGUUUGCUCAGUUCUACAUAGGCAUGGUCACCUAUGUCGUCUGGAUCAUCUUCUACGAGGCCUCCAACUUGCUGCUCCAGAUCCUGACCAACAGGCCCGGGGACAACACGCUGAUCGAGGAGAUGGUGUGGGCCCGCUGGUGCGGGCUGAGCCCCAAGAAAGGCUCCAUCCUGGCGAGCAUCUUCACCAACCUCAUCACCAUCGAAUUUCUCAUCCUGGACCUGAGCCAGGUCACCGAGUUCGGCGAGAUCCACCUCUACAAGAAGGCUUCCAAGAUCGCCAUGUGGGCCAUCAAUCACCGGAACAGCAUCAUCAUCUUCCUCUCCAUCAUCACCAUCCUCGCCAGCUGCUUCCUCUUCUACUCGGUGCACACGCAGUUCUACCUGGGCCUGGCCAGCUACACCAUCUGGAUCAUCCUCUACGAGUUGGUCAGCUUCCUCUUCCUGCUGCUCACCAGCAGGUUCGUCCUCGAGCCUUUCCAGCAAAUGCAGCACGUGCGCUGGGUCCACCUGAUCUCCCGGGUCUGCUUUCACGCCUUCUGGCUAUCCUUCGUCAUUACCCACAGCUACAGCCUCUACAAGGGGCAGGUCGUCGGGGUCUCCAGCCAGUCCCCCCACUCCAGGCGAUUGUCCAGCUGCUCCAAUGAGUCCUCCCGCCUAGGCACCCUGGGGCGGAAGCUCUUUUGAGCAGAUGGGAUGGAGGGAGGAGGUCGGCGGGAAGAGGCAGGAGGCGAGUGGCGACGAGAGGGGGAGGAGCGGACGUCUACCCUGUGAAAAUUAUUAGAAAAUAGUAUUGGAUCUUCGGAGACAAUUCACAUACUGAAUUAAAUGUAUUUAGUACACGUAAUUCUUACGAAAACUGGGAUUAAGAAAAUCUUGCCUCGUAGUACUUACUAGGUCCACCAUUCACAUGUGGGCAAACUGUUCCAGUACAAUGGUAAACUGUACCCAAACAGGCUCACAAUAUCAGAUGAGUGUGUUCUAAUUGUUCUUCAAAGUUUAUAAGUGAAAUGAGUAGCAAUUAUUUUAAGAGGUCAGUAUUAUUGGCAUUGAGUUGUUGAAAUAUAUUUUGUCUUCACCUAUUUUACUCAUGCUUCCAAUAAAAUUCAUUCCUAUAAUUUAA